AUGGCACGAAGGACAAGGACUCUCAGAGCUCGAACGGGAACCGCGGCGGGCGAGACACUGGAGAAAGAGCAUAAGCGAUACGCACCUGCGAAGCGCGUGAAGGAGGAACCAACUGAAGGGCAGCCCGUACCCCAGCUCGACAGGCUCGGGGAGCGCGAGUCGUUCGGUGCCGCCAUCGUCGACGGGCAGCGCGCCGCAACCGCCCGCAAGGCUCUCGACAUGGACGACGACGACGGUGUUGGGGAGGCUCCCAUGACUUCGGUCCUCUUCCUGGUGGGCGGAUCGGUCUAG